GCUUGUGAGGAAAUCGGCGGGAAACUAAGGAUAAAGGUUUCCAAUGGGGAAAUUUAUUAAGAGUUAUAAUUUUGUUUUUAGUGGGGGGGGCGACUAGAUUGUGAGUUCAGGGAUGAAAAAUAUGAAUAAUUAAGUUACUGUUUACUUUAUAGUUGUUACUUUAAGAAGUUUUAAUUCAAUGGACUUUUGAAAUCAAUUGGGGAAUUAGUCAAAGUCUGGUGUCUCUUCCUUGCUUGCGUAGCAACAGGGGUAAGAGGACAGCGAAGCAAAGAAGACUUAUUAGAUUCGUCAACCUCAUUGGCGCGGCGUAAUUAUCUGGGAUUUGUUUGAGCUGGUUUAAGACCUUACCAUUAUAGAAUUAAUUUUAUCGUAUUAAGGGGAGGAGGGGAAGGGGGGGUUAGUCACAUGGUACUGAGACUCUGGUCAUCCCCGCACAUUACAUGGGCCUUAGCCAAAAAAAAAUAAGUAGAAAUAUACAUAAUUAUUUUUCCAGCACUACAUAUGGAUAUGAAUGCAAGGAGUAACAGGUGGUCUGAGUCCCGCAGCAAAGUGUGCCAGAUGUGUGACAUGGGAGAGGAUGAGACGGUGGAACAUGUGGUGCUGGAGUGUGUGAAAUAUGCCAGAGACAGGAAUAAGAUGAUGCAAGUGAUACUGACUGAGUUAGGGCAUGAUAGGAAUGAAAGAGUGGAGAAGACAGGAAAGGAAUGGAUGGUGUUGUUGCUGGGACUGUGUAGAGAGGCGAUUGAAAGGAUGAUUGAGGCGGUAAAAGAGUUUCUGGAGAGAAUGUGGCGUGCCAGGUGUAUGAACAAUUAGGAUAGAGGAUGCUGUUCGUUUCUCUUUUUUUUCCCCUUUGUACAGGGGUUGCCGAUCCAAAGGCCUGGCUCAAGAGUGAUCCUGUGCCGCCUGUACCAUCAAGAUCAAGAUCAAGAUCAGAUGGUGAGUCUGCUUACAAAAUUGCAUCGCAGGGAUUGAUAGGGGCAGCCACAAUUAUCCAUCAUCAUCAGCGACACCAUGGCUCUUGAGAAGACAGACCUCAAUGACAGCGUGGUGAGCGAGGAGGGGGAGUCAACCAGCAGAGUGGGGGAGCAUGACCCCUACUUUGAACCAGUGGUGACCUUGCUGGAGGUCUUCGUGGUUAGUGAUGAUGACCAGGAGGAGGAAAUGAAGAGACUGAGUUUCGAGGUCAGGCAGUACAAGCUGUUUCUUUAUCACACUUCUGAGUCGCCCCCACAGUGGAAGGAACGGGGCAUGGAGGCCAUUAAGAUUCUGAGGAACAAGCAGAAGAAGGCUGUAAGUGAUUGGGUGGAGUUUGUUCAGUGGCAGAAUUAAUGCCAGUGGUUGAGUUCAGAUCCUCCAAGACACACAGACACACACACAGCAGCCCCUCCACCUCCCCACAGCCCUCCACAGCCCCUGACACAGCAUCUGACACAGGCCCUUCACAGACCACCACAUACCUCACACAUACAUAAGAACAUAAGAACAUAAGAAAUAAAGGAAGCUGCAAGAAGCGACCAGGCUUACACGCGGCAGUCCCUGUAUGAAAUAUACCUACCUAUUUCCAUCUGUUAUCCCCAUCCAUAAACUUGUCUAAUCUUCUCUUAAAGCUCUCUAGUGUCCUAGCACUAACAACAUGAUUACGGAGUCCGUUCCACUCAUCUACCACUCUUUUUGAGAACAAAUUUUUUCCUAUCUCCAUCCUAAACCCAAAUUUUUCAAGCUUGUACCCAUUAUUUCUUGUUCUACCCUGGUUGCUGAUCCUAAGAAUUUUGCCUACAUCCCCCUUGUUAUAACCCUUAUACCACUCAAAGACUUCUAUCAGGUCCCCUCUUAACCUACAUAUCUCUAAAGAAUGUAAAUUUAACAGCUUCAACCUCGCCUCGUAAGGAAUACUCCUCAUCCCCUGUAUCCUUUUAGUCAUUCUCCUCUGUACUGAUUCUAAUAGACCUAUAUCUUUCCUGUAAUAUGGGGACCAGAACUGCACAGCGUAGUCUAGAUGAGGUCUGACCAGCGCCAAGUAUAACUUUAAUACUACUUCCGGCCUUCUACUUUUAACACUCCUAAAAAUCCCACACACUACAGGAGCCUCAAAAACAGUCUCACAGCCUUCACAAGCAGCCCCACACUCCACCACAGACACACUAGACCCACAGCCCUUCACCUCACCCACUUCCCAGCCCCCCACAGCCCCCCAGCCACCACAAAUGAAGUGAAAGGAAGGGACUGUGGCUUCACCCAGCCAGCCAGGACAGCCUACAGAGAGGGGGUAGUCCCAGUCAAGUCACAAAAUAUAGGCUUGGUUCUUCCUACAGUUUGAAGUCAAUGAUUGGACAGCCCCACAGUUACUGACCUUGACUCAAACACCAUCAUGGCACUCUCUUCCCUGUUAAACUUGCCGGGAUCCAUUGUAAUGUAAGGGGUAUUGAAUGUGAGCGAUGAAACGAGAAGGUAGUGGCAAGGGGGAAAAAGUACAGGGGAGCGCAGGAGAGACACCUCUCUCCACUGUGCCUGACAGUCUCUCAGUGAUUGAAAGACUGAGCAUAACAUCUUCAGGGCACGUGGUAACACGGAGAGGAAGUGGAAGAAAGCUUGGCACGCUCCCAUAACUCAGGAGCAGGAAGUACACCUUACUGGAAACCUUGUGACUGACAGGUGGCGGUGACUGCAGGAACCAAUUCAGAUGUCUGUCUUGUGUUGGCGAACGUCCUGUCUGCAGUCAGGCCAGUAGUGCCAUGUCGCAGGGUGUGACAUCAGGUGAAGAGCCAAAUGGAGUGUGUCUGCAGCCAGUACUGGGUGUGCUGAUGCUGUACACAAGUGUCGAGCCAGGUGCCACAGCACAUGACUCCACCAGUGUAGUGUCUCUAGUCCAGGAUGCACUGCUGUGUACGACUUGUAUGUCUUUAUAAAUUUGUGACUAUUCUUAUUAUAUUUGUGAAAUAAGACUUGUAUGUCUUUGCUAAUAUAUAAAUAUUUGUGACUA